AAACAUUUGUAACUUAUCCAAGACAUACAAUAUCAUUUUGUACUUAUAAAAUUCAGACAGCACUGUUUUUAAAAUGAUGAAUAGAAUUUUUUUAAUUUUGUUGGUUUGUAAUAUAACCCUUAUAUCGACGUUAAAGCCUGGAGGAUUUCAGAACUUGGAUGUUGAGGGUGCAGCUACUGAAUCCGUCGCAAAAUUUGCAGUCCGCGAAUUAGGGUCGAAAUACAAACUUGUAGAAAUCGUUUCGGGAAAGAAGCAGGUUGUUAAUGGAGAAAAGUACAAACUGAAACUGAAAGUGGAAAAGAAAACCAGAGGAGAGAAGAAGAAAAGACGUUGCACAGUUGUUGUGUUAAUGAUGCCACACUAUAGUUACAAGGAGCUAGAGGAAUUCCAUUGCUACCUCGUGAAAGAAGAAAUAUAGAUGUUAAUAUAUAGUAUCUUAUGAUAAAAUUAAAUGAA